AUGGGUUUGCACCACCCUUAUUGGUGGGUGUUACUACUGCAAGUGUCCAAAGUUUAUCAAUUGACAAAUCCUCUCUACAAGGACAAAUUAGCUGUGAUUUAUUGGGUGGAUGAUGUCGACAUUUAUGAGAUUAAUUAUUACGCAGGUCGCGAUCUCGAUAAAUAUUUGGAGGAAAAUCUCGACGUUGAAGCCACUAAUGAGUUGCAUGUGUGGGUUCUAGAGGAUGUUGAGAAACAGGAAUGGUCUAAAUAUGCCUACACUUGGACCGAUGAUACAUUCUUCCGUCGUCAUGUUUCCAUCGCUGGAGCGACUCCUUUGGGUGAAAUAGUAUUUUCGAUGCGCAAGUAUACAUCUAAACAACCGUUUUAUGUUUUCUACUUCAAUCCCGAAAGGAAUACUCUCCAACGUGUUGAAAUCCAAGGUUUUGGUGAAGCGUUUAAGGAGACUUGUAGCGUUCGCACCUUUGUAAACCACGUAGAGGAUCUUGAUGUUAACGAUUUAAAACAACUCAAGUCAGUCCAUCCUCCAUUGGUGGAGCCAGAAUAUUAUGAACCAUCAGAUUCAGAAUCAGACUAA